GUGGGAUCUUUAUGUGGUCACCGUCACCAAAUUGAGAAAGGUGCGCUGUGGCUCACAUUUUCAUUUGGGCGUCACGGUGUGUCCUUCACCAAUCUCCAUCAGCCCAUUGAAUUUGGCUGAGCCACAGUCGGCCUGCCAUUCGUGGCACCAGUGAUCCACUUUCUGGUGGUCUAAGCUUUUCGAUACUUACCUAAGCCAUUUUGGGAGAGCUUGGCCUACAAUGGAUCUCUUCUUCGACAGUCGGAGCUUACCUACAGAUUGCAGAUGGCACAUUCGCGCCUCGUCGCCUUUUGAAAUCUAGAGAGCGGUCUCUACGAAAUCGAACUGACCUAUCGGCCGUAUCUUACAAUACCAUCGGCGGAGCUCACCGUCGAGUUAUGACUACCCGAGGACCGCCCCCGGCGACGCCCAUGCGAUGAUGCCGAUGCGGCUUCAACAUGUCACUGGCACAAUGCGAAGACUGCCUCUUGGCACACCCCUGGCGACACAGGCGGCCUGGUUCUCUUGCUCAAGACGACUUGGCCGUUCUGCAAAGGAGCUAAGUUGGACCCUCGAAAGGCGUCGACAAGAGAAAGAAAAUAAAGAUUAUUGGUUCGAGGAACGUGGCAGACAGCGCAAGGACAAGAUGGACGAGAUAAAACGGCGGCUACGCGGCGAAGACUUGAAGGCUUCCAAGGAAGACGCUUCAAAGCUCCCAUCAGUUCGACCACACAGGCCACCCCCGCACCCGGUCGACUUCAAGACUUUACGAAAGGAACAUCGCUUCAAAAGGAUAUUCCUUGACCUCGACAUUGGGCUGGCCGCCUUGGACUACCGAAUGGUGCACCUCCCCGGCGAAUUGGAUCAAAUGUUCGAGCAACUCAAGAUACAGAUAUCUCCGCGGCAUGUCAUGAGAAACUGGGACAGGGAGUACUUUGUCGAGACGAUGAGCGAGCAUCCCUACUCGGUCCUCUAUAGGCAUAGGUACGAGCAGAUGAAGGAGACCAUGCCGCUCUGGAUUUGGCUGUACGGAGUCACCGCGCAUGGAGGACCACUCGUUGUGAACACUGCCAGGAGGACCAUGAGGCGCGAGCUUCACGCCGCCCUGGAUGCCAGAGGCUACGAUCCCGAGGGACGUCUGAAAAGGCCCAAGUGGGGCACAGGGAAGGGCACUUCCUUGAAAGGCGAUUUGAAGGGUACGAUUGCUCUUACUGCCAGGCUACCCGCCGAUGUGGUAAAGAGGCUCCCCAAGGCCGAUCUGCGAGCGGCCAUGGACGUGGCCGUGGACCGUCUGAUUGAACUCAAGGACGCGGAGCAGAACCCGGAGCGGUGGCAACGCGAGUACGAUGCAAAGCUGGAGGAGAGAGCACGGAAAGAGAUUGAGCGGGAAGACGAACGGAAGCGACGGGAAGACGAGGCGAAAGCAGAAGCGAAGCGGCGAGAGGAUGAAUGGCGGGAAGAAGAGUUCCAGAAGGAGGCGGUAUGGCGGCAGAGGAGACUGGAGCGGGAAGAAGCACAGUUGCGAAUCAAGGAGGAAAGGCAGCUCAGGCGGAAGGAGCGGAGACAAAAGGCCGCUGAGGAGAAGCGCCGGAUCGAAGCAGAAAGGCCCCUGAAAUCGGGCCAACUCUGGGCGUGACGAGGACGUUCGGAGCUGGAAAGAUCUGGUCUCAUUAUCGACAGAAGGUAUGGGCAGUCUUUCAUGAUGACAGCCUCGGCUGGAGUCUGUGUAACAUAACUCUACAAAUGAUACCCCCGGAUAGAAGCCAUGACUUUGUUUGAAGAGAGGGAAACGGUCCAAGGCUGCCUUUGUUACUGAUAUCUUUCAUGGCAAGGCAGCGGUCUUUACAUCACAGUACACAAUCAGGAGAAAGAGUCCGCAACGAUGGGGAUUUCAGUAUGUCUCACUGCAUCUUAAGCACAAAGGGAAGAAGUUGAAAUGGCCCGCAAAGUAUCCCAUCCUGGUAUCUAACGAACAAUAAGACGAAUUCAAUGCCUUAAGGUGAGGUGAGGUAGAUAGAUACCUA